AUGAACAUGGGAGCCCAGCCAGAAAAUGAGUCUUUUGAGAUGGCGAACCGACCAGUAUCACCUCUCAGCUUAGUCGCAGAAGAAGAUGACCCUGAGUCUGCCGACACCGGUGCAUUAGGAACUCCCAAGCCCGAAGAUACUCAACACGGCACUCAAUCGGACCACGAUGGACUGCUAGCACCAAGUCGAGAGGAUAAGAUUAUAGAGGACCUCACGUCAGUACACACGGACUGUCCCCUCAACAGACAUGUUCUAUACUCCCUCAUAACAAUUGCGUUCAUCGGCUCAGCUUCUCUCAUCUCCAGUUGCUGGCUCAUCGCAUAUAUCCAAGUCAAGACAGACAGAAGCUACAUAGCAGCCGUCAUUGUUGGAGGCAAGCUCUCCUCUACUGAAGCCAAGCUCAUCGACGCGGCUUUCUCCAUCCUGGUGGCUCCAGCCGUCGUCGCAGUCGCCAAUUGGCAUAUGUUCAAACUUGCUCGUCUUUCUGCUGUAAACGAGCAUAGCGGAAGAAACUCAGCCGUGAGCAUGAAGGUCCUCGUUGAAGUCGCCAGCACAGACUGGGGGUCCUUUAGCCCACUCAAGUUCUGGACUUUCGUCCGUUCAAGAAGGCCUCGCGUGAUCUCCUUGGGAAUGAUCGCUGUUCUCUCAGCCCUGAGUUUCUCGUUGCUUGGCAAUGCUGUGGCAUAUCAACAGGCCGGAGUGGAUACAUCUACGCAGGUGCUUGAAUAUCUGCAUGAUACACAUUCGGUGCUGCCGGGAGGCUCACGCCCAAUACCACUGGACGACCAGUCAAUCCGGCAACAGGUUUCGGCAAGACUUCAGGAUAGGCUUUCACGCCUACAGCAAGGGAUGCUCAAGCCAUCUAUAACAGGACUGGUGAGCGUCAAUGUCUCGGAUCAAUCACGUUCGUCCCUUUCUCCUGCCGUCAUGCAACUAUAUCAUGCCUCAGUCUAUCGACUGAAAAUGAUUUGCAGUCCCUCUCAUCUUCGAGACGUAUCAAUGAUGCUGCCAGACAAACGUAACCAGCAUCUCAGGUUUGUCCUUGAGGAAACAGCUUCAGUAUUCGGCUCAGAGUCAAUCACAUACGAAGCAUCGCUCGGCAAAGACCAAAUCGAUAUAUCAGAUAUAGUACUGAAUGGAAAGAGAGACACGUAUCCACUCAUUGCCUUCAAUGAGACUGCUCUUUGGAUCGGGGUUAUGAAUUCCGGGUACGAUGAUGCCCCAGUGGUUACUACAGAGCGAUGGGGUAGCUUGAUACCUUUUGCCAAAGGUUUGCCCGGUACUGAGCAUCGACAAACAAAUCACAGCCUGACAUUUUCAGGUUUGACAUGCCGUUUAAAUAGAUCCACUGGAUGGGCUGAUGUCAAAGUGAACGGGAGCGACUGGUCGAUGAUUGAGAACACUGUUGUCGAUGAGAAGCCUGAUACAGGGCACGAUAUUCCGGUGCUGAGCUUAACGCCACGUACUGAUACCUUUGACGAUAGGCGUGAUGGCAGACCGUCCGGGCUCGGCGGACACUUACUUCGAGCGGCACUUGGAGCGGUGACGGAAGGAAGUCGACAGAUUUGGGACCUGGAAACCCUUGCCGAUGCUUUCCUAUGGUACGAAAUAGAGGCCCGUCAAGUACUCCUUGACAAUGACCAAACGGUAAUGGCUGAGAGAUAUCAAGUCCAGUCCAACAUCGAUGAAUACGCAAUGACAUUUGUUCCAUGGAUUCUCAUGUUCGGACUUGGGACGCUAGGAGCCGCAUGCACGUUGACGAUCGGGCUCACACUCGAUUCUUGGAGGGUAUACUCGCUUAGAACUGGGAGAAUGCUGGAUUCAAUCCGAUUGACAGCUGACGUUGGAGUGGCUUUGGACAAGCAGGUGUUUGAAGAGUGCUCAACAUGGCACGCCACGAGGCUGAACAAGUGCGCCGACGAGGCUCGGUUCCAGUACGAGCCUGAUGCCCGUUUGGAUAGUGCGACUGGUAUUUAUACUCUAGGAAUCCGCCUUCGACAAAUCUCGCGACCGCAUGACUGA